CAGAGGAUUGUGGGAAAUUGAGUUCUUUUUAAGCUUUCGACUGAAGUGUUAAGAACGACUGCCACCUAUCCUAUGUUAAAAAAAACAAUAUGAUGAAUAUAAAAGCACUAUUUUUGCGUAAUAAAAUAAAUUAUACAUAAUGUCUACCAUCAAUAAUUUUUGAAUAUCAGUAUUUUGUUGUAUCGUCACGAGGACUUUGUUUGUUUGUUUUUGAACUGGUUCCGUUUGAAAUUCUUAUUUAUUUGUUGGAUCUCAGCAGCGUGUCUAUCCGCGUCUGAAAAGAUGGCAAACUUUCAGUCACUGAAGACGUCUGAAGAAGGUGUAGCUCCAUCAUCUUUACUGGAGCAGUCACUUGAAGACCUGGCGUCAGGGGUGUCUUUUCCAUCUCUCUCACAUCUCAGAUCUCCUGACAGUACUGAGGAUGAAGAGGCCGUCCCGUGGAUGCACCUGACCUCAGAUCAUCUGGCUGUAUCUCUAGCGAACACUCUGGAGGUUUUCACUGACGUUCCUCUCCAUCAAUCUGAAGCUCUAUCAGAAACAUGUGAAGAGACGCUCAGUGAUUUCAUUGCUGCGUGUUUCCCUGAGUUCUUUCAGCCUUCUGAUCAGACACAUGACAUCAUACCUGUCAACACGUCCCACUUUUACUCAGGACAUCAGGAGGCGAAGCACGGACACUCCAUCCCAACGGCUCCAUCCAUCAGAGAUCCCCAUUCAUGGCUUCCAAAUCCCCCGGCUCACCCGACCCCACAGCGCCCCGCUGUGAUGCUCGAUGUGACCCGCGCCAACACCCCUCACUUCAUUUGUGUACCUCAACCAAACCCCACAUCAUCUCAACUACACAUCGACUACACUCCUUUAGGAGCCAAUCACAGCUGUCCAAUGCAUGGAGCCAUCCCUCUGUACCCCUUCUCUCCCUCACGUGUGUUUCCAUCUCAUCUGUCUGUUGUGACCUCAAAUCCAGCUGCUCAGCAACCAUGGGAAUCCCUCGACAGAGAUAAGUCCUGGCGCACACACGUGAUGACAUCAGCAGGAUCACUUCAUGAGAACUUCAGCGUGUGGCAGAGGUUCUGUGAAACAGCCAAAGAGUUUUACUCCAACAGUCCUCAUGUCCAAGCUCUCACUUGUUUCUUCAUUCAUGAAAUCGACUCCCUCACGGUUCUUCAUUCAGGCUAUCGGUUUGAUGCUGCGGUGAAAAUGGCCAUACACAAGUGGGAUAAAAAAUCACUGUCUGAACGAGAAAAAUAUUACACGUCCGCUAAGAUGUUUAUCAAGUUAGAAGAAGAGGAGAGGAGGUUCAUUCAGCACCGCUUCCAGACAAACAAACCCAGAGGUCAGCAUUCAGGGCUGCGGGAGAAUCCAGAGGUCAAGGACAGGUCAGAGGUCAGUGAGGGGUCAAUAAGGUGAACACUGAAGAACGUUUGCGGCACCUCUUCAGCCAGAGAGACUUAAUUCUAUCGGCUUCCAAUUCAACUUAGCCGUAGAGACUGAGAAAUGGGAAAGUUCUUUACAUGUCACAGCG